AGUAGCAGGCGCCUGGUUUCCGGUUUCCCUGCAGUGAAGGAAGAGGAAGCCCAACCCCAAGGACAGCAGCGUACAAUCAGGCUGAUGCUUGUUGGAACUCAGCUGUUGAUGCUUGUAAGCCUCGCUGCCUGGCUGCGUCCUGUGCUGUAGAUACGAGAUCCCGCAGCGUUCGUUUGUUGCACUUGCACCGGCUUGCUGCUAGCUUGCGACAGGACUAGGAGGAGCUAGCCGAGGAGGAGGUGUGUGACUCCAUGGACGCGGGCCAGCAGGAUGCGUGGGACUGGGACUGGGAGGUCCUGCUGCCAGACCACAGGAGCUCAUCCUCCGUGCGCCACCACCACGGCAGCAACAAUAAUACCCUUGACGAUCAAGAAGAAGCAGAGGAGCUCGACCUGCUGCUGCCUGCGCCAGGAGGGGACGACGUCGUUGACGCGCACGACGACGAGUGCAAGGACAUCGGCGUCGUGCCGGACGACGAGGCCAAGAAGUCCUCCUCCGUCGCGCCUAGCGCUGCCGCCGGCGAUCCGACGAUGGCCUCCUCCGAGGGCGCCGUGGAAGCGAAGGAGCCGUUCCAGAGCCCUGAUGACGCCAAGGCCACCGCCGACGACGGCGGCAAGUUUGCUGCCCAGCAGCAGGAGGAGGAGGAGGGGGAGGACGAGGAGGAAGAUGCCGGCAAGGAAAACGACGACGACGACAAGGCGGCGCGUGCGCCGCAGUGCGUGGUGUUCAGCGUGGGGAAGCUGAAGGUGAACGGGAUCGGCGCGCUGUGCUCGUUCGGCGUCGCGGCCGCCACCCUCUGCGUGUUCCUCGUCGGCGGCAGGCAGCACCACAGGCGGCAGGAGCAGCGGGAGGAGACGAUCCAGCUGCAGUUCUACGGCGACGAUAAGAGGAUCCAUCAGGUGGUGCAGCAGACGUCGAGGCUGAACCAGGCCAUGUCGUCCGUGAUGGGGGCGGGAGGAGGCGCGUCCGCGAGGGCCAACAUAUCCUUCGGUGGAUUCUACGAUGGAUUCUGACGGAACACUGGGGAACAGAUGGGUGUAGCUAGUAUACACUGCCGCGUACUACUGGUGGACGAUGUAAAUAAUUAUUGGGGGCUCUUAUUAUUAUUAUUAGACCUUGGUUUAAUGCUACACAGAUACGGACGGACGGAUGGAUGGGUUAUAGGUUUAUUCAAGUUGAUAGUAACUAAGGGGCAUAGGGAAGUCUUAAUUAGUUGACAAGUUAUUAGUAACUAAAAACGUCGAACCAUGCGUGCAUGCUCCUCUUGGGUUUACAUAUAUUUGUAUUCAUUAUAUAUUAAUGAAUGAUCUGUGUGCAUGCAA